AUGAACAUGAGAACCUGCGGCCACGACAAGAUACACAUCGAUACCGGAGGACCGUCUUCCUGUCUCGUCUUCCCCUUCCCUUUCGCCGGUUGUCGUCAGCAGCAACCUAGCCAGAGCCGUCGUAGCGUAUCAUGUGAGCGAACCUUGACAGACAGCAGCCUCCAUCUUCGCCAACAACAGCAGCAGCAGCAGCAGCAGCAGCAGCAGCCUCAAGAGCAAGCAGAGCAGCAUCAUCGCCUCUCUGUCCGUCAAAAUUCCCCAGGGCCAAGGUCACGCUACGCCCUCGGCCAGAACAACGGCUCGGACAAGGCAGCGUCGAACGCUUUUCCGCUGUUCCCCAAACGGAUUCGGAGGAGCAUAUCGUCGGACGGCCUACGCCACGAUCUAGACCGGCAUUUCUCGUCCUCGUCCUCGUCCUCAUCCUCGUUGGCCAUGCAGUUCCUGCCCAAGCAGAACCGACAGCUCCAGCUGCCAUCCUUCGAAGAGCUGGGGAUAGCCACGCCAUCACCCAACAACAUGCCCAGAGCAGCAGCCCAUCAGGAGAGAGACCAGCGGCCGUCUACCUCGCCCUCUGGCUCGUUCAUCGACGGCGCCAUACCAGCAGCCUCGCCGUCAAAGUCCUCGUCUCCCUUUGCUGACUCUCCCAACUCGCGGAUGGACGUCUCAUAUCCAUCUCCACUACCCAUCACGCCGCCUGAAUCGGAUGAUCAUGUCCAAUGGAAUCCUGCCGCCACCGGCGCUCCCAACAAUGACUCGUCCGAAGCCACAGUCCCUGCAGAGGAGGAAUCUUCCGGCGUUGCAGAGGUGACCAUGAAGGAGGAACAGCCCCAGGAUAGCUGCACUCCCAAGCAAUCCACACAACAACAACCGGACCAGAACAACCCGGACAGUGCAGAUGAUUCCCACCCGCUGCCAAUACCGAGUGGUAUACCGCUGCAGGACGGGAACGAUAGACUUCUCUUUCUGCAGAAGGGAAUUGUAACUGCUGUAUCAUUCCUCGCUAUAUCCAAGGAUCCUGCAAAGGUUGUCCAGCUGGUCUCCCAAACUCUCCCGUGUCCUCCGUCCAAUAAUCUCCCCAACUCGAGCUCUCUCUCGCCUGCCUGCGUCUUUAGCCCCAUUGUUCAGACGAUCCAGUCCCGCCUCCAACCAGACCAAUCGCCCUAUAUCAACAUCACCCAUGCAGUGCCGCCAAAGUUCUCCCUCUCCAGCCUACCAACUUCUCCACCAAGUACACCCAAUCGUCUCUUUCCCGGAGACGACUAUUUUAACAUGACCGUCUUCUCUAACGCUACGGCUGCACCUCACUACCCGUUCAUCAGCGCCUCUUCCUCGUCAUCCUUAUCUGGCGGAGCGCAGUCACAAGCACCAUACGUGCCCACGCCGAUUGUUCCCCCAUACAGCGUCAACAUCGCUGCCGUCGAGCGCUACCUCCCACCAACCUCAACAUGUGAAUACCAAAACCUGUUCACCACCAGCGGGCCGUCAGUACUUCUAGACCGUCUUCGAGAACUUUCGCCGCGUGACGGUACCUUACUUCUUGUAUACCCCACUCUGCGUGGCGCCCAAUGCUUCAAACAACACUAUCUCAACCCUAUCCUGGACCCUUUACUACGCAACCUUGUCGGUCUACACUCCCUGCCUUCCGACAUCGGUACGGCACUUAGCUCCACGCCUGCGCUCAAACAUAUGGACCCCUUCGAGACAAUGCACUCGAAAGUCUCUCAGCUUUGCUCCUCUCUGACAUAUCGCGACCGAACCACGUUUACUCUUUCGUAUGCCUCUCCCGGUUGCAUCCCGCUCUCCCGCGACCUCUGGACAGAAUGGUACAUUGCCCAGGAAUCCCCUCGUGCCCGUGAGAUACUUGACGACUACUGGCGCAACGACCACCGCACCCGCCACCACACCGCCAGCAAAGGUAUGGGUAUGGACAGAGAAGUCACUAGUGCCAUGGUCCUUCGAGAUGUCGUCGAUGGCAUCCGCAAGCGAGCAGUAACCGAGCCCAUGGACGACGCUGAGCGAGAAGGCGUGGAAGUCGGCAUCUUCGUCAUCCGGCGCUCCCUAUCACAGCCAUCUACAUGA